CACCUGAACGAUGCGGAAGUGCAGUGUCAACAGCACGAUGGUUAGAGUGGCAGGCUGGUCUCGCCAGAUACUCUGAAAAAGCUAAACAUUGAUCUAAAGUCAAGGAAGUGCAUAUAUAAUCAUCUUUUUAACUUAACUGCAAUCUCGACGAAGAGGUAACGCUGAGUGACGUCUGUGGUACAAACAGGUGUAGCUCGUCUCUUGGCUAGCUAGCAGCAUUGGAUUGUCUGUACGCCAGUUGUCUAAGGGCUGUUCCGGAGGCGAGAGAGAGGACUGGAGUGCCGACCCAGACAGUUCUAAUGAGGAGCAGCGGUAGAGGGGACGAGCACGUGUGUCCAUGACGUCAGGCCCCUCCCCCUCCCCCUCCCUCCUCCUCCUGCUCUCCCUCCCCUCCCUGCUGCUCCUCCUGGCUGGCCCCCCCUCUCACCGGGGGGUGGGAGCAGCCGAGCCUCCCCCCUGCCAGCCUGGCCAGUCCUGGGCGGUGCUGCUGGGCCGGGGGGGCGUGGCAGGGCAGGACCUGGACCAGCUAGCCCACAGCGUGGCUCGGGAGGCGGGGCUGGAGAGCCGGGGGCAGAUCGGCCAGCUGGAGGGGCACUACCUGUUCUGCCCCGGGCCCGGAGACCCGGGCGAGGGGGGCAAGAGGGCGGCCCAGGUGCUGGCGGCCCACCCCGACGUGGUCUGGCACUCCCAGGAACAGCUCCUGCGCCGGGCCAAGAGGAGCCUCGCCUUCAACGACCCCCGAUACCCGAAACAGUGGCACCUGCACAACGAGCUGACGGCGGGGAUGGACAUCAACGUGACAGGGGUGUGGGAGCGCAACAUCACAGGGUCAGGGGUCACCGUGGUCGUCGUGGACGAUGGGGUCCAGCACACCCUGAAGGACAUUCAGCCCAACUAUAGUCCAGAGGGGAGUUACGACCUCAACUCUAACGACCCCGACCCCAUGCCCCACCCCGACGCCCGUAGCGACAAUCACCAUGGCACCCGCUGCGCCGGGGAGAUCGCCGCCGCCCCGAACAACAGCUUCUGCGCCGUGGGUGUGGCCUACGGCAGCCGAGUGGCAGGUAUCAGGGUGCUGGACGGACCCCUCACUGAUAGCAUGGAGGCAGUGGCCUUUAACAAGCACUACCAAGUCAACGACGUCUACAGUUGCAGCUGGGGUCCUGAUGAUGAUGGAAGGACUGUUGAUGGGCCUCAUCCCUUGGGCAAGGCGGCGCUGCAGCACGGGGUGAUUGCUGGGAGGAGAGGAUUCGGCAGCAUCUUUGUAGUCGCCAGUGGCAACGGUGGCCAGUCCAAAGAUAACUGCAACUACGACGGUUACGCCAACUCCAUCUAUACAGUGACUAUAGGUGCAGUGGACGAGAGCGGGCGGAUGCCUUUCUACGCCGAAGAAUGUGCCUCCAUGCUGGCCGUCACCUUCAGCAGCGGGGACAAGCAACUGCGCAGUAUUGUGACGUCGGACUGGUCCCUGCAGAUGGGUACAGGCUGCACAGACGGGCACACAGGCACCUCGGCCGCCGCCCCGCUGGCUGCUGGCAUGGUGGCGCUCAUGCUGCAGGUGCGGCCCUGCCUGACCUGGAGAGACGUGCAGCACAUCAUCGCCUACACCGCCACCAAGUAUGAGGACAGACGGGCCGACUGGAAGACGAAUGGAGCUGGAUUCCACCACAGCCACCAGCACGGCUUUGGCCUGCUGAACGCAUGGAGGCUCGUCAACGCUGCCAAGGUGUGGGAGUCUGUGCCGUUCUUGGUGUCCUAUCAGAGUCCAGUGUUGAGUGAAGAGGAGCCAAUCCCUGCCUACCCAGUCAAGCUCACCCUCACCUGGAACGUGACGGCGGCCGAGCUGAGGCAGUCUGGAAUGCAGACGCUGGAGCACGUCUCCAUCACCGUGACGAUGACCCACCCUCGCCGCGGCAACGUGGAGAUCCUGCUGGUCUGCCCCAGCGGCAUGACGUCGCUCAUAGGGGCCCGGCGCAUCAUGGACAUGGACCCAUCGGGCUACACGGACUGGACCUUCUCCACCGUGCGCUGCUGGGGAGAGAGAGCAGAGGGACAGUACAGCCUGGAGCUCACAGAUUACAGAGAUGGUCUCUUAUCUGUGGGGUUCCUGAAACACUGGAAGCUGACUCUCUACGGUUCCUCCAUGUCCUUUGAUGAAGUCAAGCAGAGACAGCAGCUGGUGGAGAAUGCGAUGAGCGGGCAGUUCCUGGACAGCAGCUUCUCCCUGCCCUGUCCCCCAGGCCUGGACAUCCCUCCCGAAAUGGUCAGCCCCCUCACCUCCAAUAGCCUGAAGUCCCUGCUGCUGCUGGGCUGUUUCGCGCUCUUCUGGUCUCUGUACUACACGCUGGAGGUCAGCCUGGCCACCUGGAGUGCGGGGCCUAUGCCGGGGGGCCGGAAGGCCCGGGGCGGCGUGGAGACGGGGGCCGGGCUGGAGCUGCACCCCGUGCUGGACUUGGAGGACAAAGUGCCCCUGAUGGAGGGGGGAGACUGCCCCACAUAGCCCCCCCCCAACUGCCCCUCUCUGCCCCGUGCUUGGUCAGGGGCCCGUAUGCCGGCCCCUCUUGUGUGCGAGCCGCGUGUGACUGUGUUUAUGAAGUGCCCUUCUCCGAGACCCGGGACAGUCUGUCUCA